UUAACGUGGUACAGUCCUCGUGGCAGCCUAACCCCGCGCGCUGUAACCGCGAUUAUGACGUAGUGUUACGUCGUGCGGGAUUUGGCAGAUUUAAGGAGUUUUUCAUCGUAAAUACUAAUUGAUUUAAGUACUGAUUGGUUUAAGUACUGAUUGAUCUCUUUUACCGGACUAACAGUCAUGUCUGCUCCGAAGAAGGGCGCCCUGUCCUGCGCUGAGAGGGAGCUGCUGGAGGUUCUGGCUGCAGGAAAUGCGCAGGAAGCCUCAAGGUUGCUUGGCUCCAGAGAUGUCCGAGUCAACUGUCUGGAUGAGUACGGCAUGACUCCCCUCAUGCACGCAGCGUAUAAGGGCAAGGCAGACCUCUGUAAGCUCCUCCUGCAACACGGGGCAGACGUCAACUGCAAUGAGCAUGAGCACGGCUACACGGCCCUCAUGUUUGCAGGCCUCUCGGGGAAGACGGACAUCGCUUGGAUGAUGCUGGAGGCUGGAGCUGAGACGGACGCAGUGAACUCGGUGGGCAGAACAGCAGCACAGAUGGCUGCUUUUGUCGGACAGCAUGACUGCGUGACUGUUAUCAAUAACUUUUUUUCCCGGAAGAGACUCGACUACUACACGAUAGCCCAGGGACUAGAAAAGGAGCCCAAACUGCCCCCUAAACUGGCUGGACCUUUGCAUAAAAUCAUCAUGAGCACAAAUCUAAACCCGGUCAAGAUGGUAAUGCUGGUGAUGGACAAUCCCUUGCUGUCGGAUGCGGAAGCCCUGGAGAAGUGCCGUAAGGUGAUGGCGCUGAUAUGCGAGAAAUGCACCAAGCAGCAGGACAUGAACGAGGUGCUGGCCAUGAAGAUGCACUACAUCGGCUGCCUGCUGCAGAAGUGCAGCUCCUUCCUCAGAGAGCACCAGGACCAGCUGGACGGCCUCAUCAAGAGCCUUCUAAAAGGGCGGGAGAGCGACGGCUUCCCAGUGUUCCAGGAGAAAUUCAUUCGGGAAUCUAUUCGGAAAUUUCCUUACUGUGACGCUACUUUGCUUCAGCAACUGGUCAGGAGUAUCGCGCCCGUGGAGAUAGGUCAUGACCCCACAGCUUUGUCCGUGCUGACCCAGGCCAUCACGGGGCAGAUGGGCUUCAUGGAUGCAGACUUCUGCACCACCUGUGGAGAGAAGGGAGCAGAGAAGAGGUGCUCCAUCUGCAAAACGGUGAUCUACUGUAACCAGGAGUGCCAGAGGCUCCACUGGUUCACCCAUAAAAAGGUCUGCAAGAGACUGCAGGAACAGAGGGAGAAGAGAGAGGCGGAGUCAGCCAAGCAGGUGGAGAACCAGGCCAAAGAAGCUGAGGUGAAUAAAGCACUGGAAGAGGUGACCAGCAACGUAGAGAAUCUCUCUGUGGAUCAGCGUGAAACUGCUAGCACAUCAGAUGUCCAAACAGAAACUGUUAGCUCAGAAGCUAUUCCAAUAAAUGCACACUGAGUCUCAUCGAUUAUACAAGGCUGUCAUCUUCAGAGACCUUUUUCAUUCUGAACGUUCUGAUCUCUCCCAUGUCCAGAGGCUGGGGACGGUCUUUUGAAUGUUCCUGUCUGAGGAGGGACAGAAGUAAACAGAAGCCAACAGAACUUUACAAACAUACAUAAUGGAGAGUUUGUCCUCAUGUACCACGUUGUACUGUGUUGUUUUGGUCUUCUCAUAGUAACAUCAUCCGUGUGAUUUGCGUGUAUGAAAACAUAUUGACUUGGGAGUAUAUUUAUGAGAGGUUUAUAUGUUUAUAUGUUUCUGUUAAACUGCAUAAAGAUAGACGCCUAUGCCUUAAAGUGCUGUCAUAAAUAAAGUAGUGAUGUUCUAAGGAAGACAGCAGGAAGUGAUACUAAUAACUGCAUAAAUUCACAGCACAGUGGAGUUUGUACAAAGGUUCUGAAGUAGUCUUGGACUAUUUAAAAUUCACAGUGGUGUGAGAAUGCUUGCUUGCCAUGAGUGUUUAGACUUAACACUGCUCACUUUUUCUUUAGAUGUAUUUUGCUACAAGAUAGAGAAAAUGGGGAAGGAAAGUAGCAAAUCAUGAAGAAUAAACACGGUAGCCUUCUGAUGUUUAUUACAGAGUGAUAUGUAGGCAAAGUGAAACCAGUUUGGGGGGUGGGGGGUGGAUCAGUAAGGUGACAGUAAGGAAGUUGACUGCAGUUGAACUCCAUGCCUCUAGGGGGUGCUGCUGGUCCACAGUAGAGAAUUGCAUGACUCAUCUCUGUAUGGACAUGCGCUCAUAGGUCCCCUAGCCAUAAAAGUUUACAAAAAACAAAAAAAACCUAUUAUACCACUACAAGAGGAAGAAAGUUUUAUUAAUUAAGUAAAACAGGGAUACUUUGACUUAGGAGACACUUUAUUUAAAAAGAAAUUAAAAUGAAAUUAAAAAA